GUUCUAAACCCGUUUUCAUAUAGAUGGGGAAACUAUUAAGAGCGAGUUCAGUAUAAAACCCACAGCCAGAUAGUUUGAGCUUUAGUAUAGAAUCAAAUAUGCAACUGAGUAUUAUACGAGUAUUUGUGCUUCUUGGCUUCGCCGCCGUUGUAAAUUCAUAUGGCAAAGGUCAACCGAUUUUGAUGUCAUCAAAAAAUCCACAAUCUGAUGAUAACUUUGUUGAGUCUUCGGACAAGGAGGUAACACGGAAUUUUAAGCAAUGCAAACCCAUUGAGACGACGAGUUCGGAGCCAAAUGAACAGUCCAGCCGUACAAUUGCACCCGAAGACGCCACCUCAAGAAGGAUUGUACCUUUACCUACUGUAACCCCCAAACCUAUUGAGACUACAAGUUCGGAGCCAAGUAAACUGCCCAGUAGUACAACUAGUCUGGAGGACGCCAUUUUAAGAAAGCUUGUUCCUCUGCCAACUCUUGCUCCCAGUUCCACUACAAGUACAACGGAGCUUAAUAGUGGAGUAUUAAACGAACGGAGGAUUGUACCCCUACCAACUCUUGAACAAACUUCCACAGCAAGCCCUUCGGAAAUCGUUAGUGGAGAAGAUAAUAAAAAUGUACCCAGCAAUGGCCUAAGACGCUUAAUACCUUUGUCGACAAGGUUAUUUAGAAUCUUAAAAGAAAAAGUUGAAGAAAACGUACCCAGCACCAUCGCAAAAAAACUUGUACCUUUACCUACUCCUAAACCAACUUCCACCACAAGCACAACCGAAGACAGCUUGGGAAACAGUGACCAAGUUCCGGAUGAUUGCGAACCCCUUCCCGAUGGUUUGGGACCGCGAUUGAAUGCUCAAACUCUAAAAUCACUUGUUAAAACUCAAUUGGGCUAGAUAAGUUUAUUAUAUAAAAAAACCUUUGAUAAAAAUUAAAUAAAUAAAAUACCAUCUGUACAUCUGUACCUUCAAAGA